GUUUUUAAACAGUUUCUGGUAAUUAUUAUGAUUUUCAGUUUUGGGAUAUGCUGGUGAAUUUUUUUACUAGUGAUGUUUUGUACUUGUUUAUCACAAUGGCAGUGUGUUUUAUUCGCCUCACCACAGCAGUAGACAAUGCAAUAGUCAGUAUUAUACCAGCAGGCACCAGAAGUUGUUACUAUGAGGAUCUCAUUGCAGGACGCACUCUGGAGGUCGAGUUUGACGUAUUCAAAGGUGGAAACAUGGACAUAACCUUCAUCAUGAAGAACCCGAAAGGCGAAAUUCUGAAGUAUUUGCCCAUGAAGAGGUCUGAGUUCUUCGAUAUUGAAGUGAAACUCGAUGGUGUGCAUGAGUUCUGUCUGGACAAUGUCUUCAGCCGCUUCGCAGAGAAAGUGGUCUCGUUUGAGUACUUCGACAAUCGACCCAUGGCUGAUUACGACACAGCCUAUGAAGACCUAGAUAGUGGGUCGGAUACGGAAUCAUUAGAGAUGAAAGUCGUAGACAUCUUUGAGGCAAUAGACAACAUCCGACUGCGGAUAAUGCGUAUAAUGCAGCACCAGACAGGUAGACGCAGUACAGAAGCCAGAGACCGAAACCAGAUGGACUCCACACUAGUACUUGUCGACAGAACAUCUCUGCUCUCUUUAGUACUCAUGUUCAUGUCUACAGCAGCUCAGAUAGCUCUCAUUAGAGCUAUGUUCAACUCGCCUCACAGAAGCUCCUCGAAAUCUUCGUAUAACUACGGAGGUGCUACAGAGAACAGUGGCAAUGGAGGAUUUCCUAACAUGUUCUCGAAUGGCCUGGGUCGCUGAAUGUUAGAACACCAUACUAAUUAGACACACUGGUGUUAUCUGAAAACUGAACUGGACUUUUAAAAAACUAGGCCUUAAGUCUGCUAACUUUAAUAUACUUUUUCAAGCUACCGAUUGCGUUAGAACUCAAUAUGCACUUGGGUUUGGAAAUAUGCUUUUUAUGUAUAUAUUUUUCGCAUAAUUGUCAAAAAUUUGAUCAUUUUUGCCCAGAUGGUGUUUAUUUAAGUAUUUAUAAAUCCUUGUCAGGCGAUAGGUCAUCUUUGUGUUAAACAUCAAUUAUGAUAUAACUUUCAAGUAUGUCGAUAAAUUCAUUCAUGGCUUUGGUAUCUUUAGUCCUAACAGCUUACCUGUCGCCUGUUGUGAUUCAUUGCAUCCGUCAGUGCCUUCACAAGGACAAGUUGGUUCUUAACUGGUUCUUAGAGCCGGUCAUAAUCAUUCAAAUUUAAUUUAAUUUCAACCAAA